GUACACUAGUACACUUACCGCAGUAACAAUAAAUACUUCGAGGAAAGCACCUCGUUCUAUUCACUAUGCUCAAAUAAUAUAAUAAAAGUGUAUCUAAAAAUAAAUAUGUUCACAAUAAUAAACGCUCUUUUCAUACUGAAAAUCCUUGUUGCCGUAGCAGAGGACAGUCAAGAAUGUGGAUAUUUUGACACUGUGGAUCUUAGUGAUAGCCAAAGACGUGAUGAUGGAUCAUAUUUGUACAACGAUAUUUUAAUUCCAAGUGAGAAAGUUCAAGAAUAUAGUUAUCGGAUAACAGUGUUCGAUUCUAAUAAGACAGUCGAUCCUUAUAUGAGAGGUUGUCUCUGUCACAUCAAAUCGUGUGUGCUUUUAUGUUGUGAACCAACAAACCUAAUGCAAAACAAAAUUUCCUUAAAUAUGACGCUUAUAAACGGAACUGAGUCGCAAGUUGAUGUAAGAAAUGAAUUCGUAGUGCAAGUAAAAUAUGAAAUACCAUGCGAUGUGUUGGAUGAUCCAAAUUAUAAUGAGCAGACCCAACCCGACUGGAAACUAUUUCAGGAUGGAACGCUUUAUAAUCUGACCAGUAAUAGCGCUCUAGAAAAGCAAGACUAUUGCUUGAUGCCACAUAAAUUAGAUGAAAAUUAUUAUCUUUUACCUCAGAUCAUAAAGAAGGAUAGCGAAACUCUUGUAGAGCUGGACAUUAUUAGUGUCAUAAGAGUUAUCUCUGUGUUCUGCAUAGUUAUAAUUAUUGGUGUCUAUUUGUAUUUGCCUCAUUUGCGAUCCAGAGCCUACAGUCAAUGUUGUUUAUAUUACUUUAUAUGCCUCGUCAUAAGUUUUAUAUUACUGUUGGUAGAACCAGUAGCGAGGAGCAAAUCAAUAUCAAUAUCAAUAUGCUAUUUCAUAGGUAAUUAUAACUUGAUUACGAAAGUCAACUCAUUAAAUUAA